AUGAGCACCGCUACACUUACUCCUGAAGUUAUCUGGGCCCAAAGAGCCAACUUGGUCUAUGUCACCGUUAACCUUGCCGACACCACGCCCACCAUCAACCUUACCGAGGACAAGCUUGAAGUCACCGCCACCUCUGACGGAAAGAACUACCACGUCAGCCUCGAAUUCAACAAGCCCAUUGUUCCCGAGACCUCGACCACAAAAGCCACUGCGCGCAACAUUUUCUUUAUCCUCAACAAGAAGGAGGACAACUGGUGGCCCCGUUUGAACAAGGGCAGCAAGCUCAACUUUGUCAAGACCGACUUUGCCCGCUGGAAGGAUGAGGAUGAUGAGGAUGAUGAGCCCGAGCAGAACGAGGCCGCGGACAUGGGUAGCAUGGGCGGUAUGCCCGGUAUGGGUGGCAUGCCCGGUAUGGGUGGUAUGGGUGGCAUGCCCGGUAUGGGUGGUAUGGGUGGUAUGCCCGGUAUGGGCGGCAUGGGUGGUAUGGGCGGCAUGGAUCUUCAGAGCUUGAUGGCCAGUAUGGGUCAGGGCGGCGGCAUGCCCGACAUGGGCGACUAUGGCGAUGAUCAGGAUGAUAGCGGUGAUGAGGAUGAGGAUGAGAUCCCCCCUCUUGAGGCUGAGGAUGGCAAGAACUAA